AUGCUGCUCAAAGCGACGGCAUCCGAAAGCAAGGCAGUUCCGCCCGACUUUCUUGCCUAUUUCUCCUUUUUCCGGAUACUCUUCCAGUAAGAUUUCUUAAAUUCUGACAAACCCGCUUUACCGCAAUGCAAAACCCGUUCGCCAGAAUUCUGAGUAAUUAGGAUUUAUGAAAUGUUUUUACAGAAUCGUAAGCGAAGCGUAUCCGAAUCGCAAGUUCUCUUACUCUCCGAACCGUCUCAUCGAACAGACCGCCCGUCGUCGUACAAAACAAUUCGACGUCGUCGAUGUGUGCUCUUCCGAGUUUCAGACCCAAGCACGGGCCGCCUAUCAGACUCUGAACACGAUCGGAAAGGAAACUUUGAAGAGUAAUGCGAAAAUUGGCGGAGUCGAUGCGAGUUUUUGGUAG